AUCAUUAUGUACUUAUUUUAGUACCUCUUUGUAUUUAUUUUAGUUUAGUUUGUUGUGGUGGAACAAUUCAGCGCUGGGACUGUUUCCUGGCGGAAGUUAAAAGCCGCGUACACAGAAACUUUUGUUGUUCUCGUAUAUGAUGUCUGUGGUUUUUCCUUCUCGGACUGCAUUUUUGUUGUAAGCUAAACCCCCGAAAGUUCGAACAUGUAUCGGCUCCGACACAAGCCGAUGCAACCGUGGAUAGAAGGCCUGGUUCUGAACUACAGCGACCGGGAAGGCGAGGAGGCGGGAGCCCCGGACGGAGACCGAACACCGGGAAGGAAACGCUGGCUGAAGGCGUAUGUCCUCGAGGUCAGUCAUCUGCCUGAAUCCAAGCUUCGGGCCUUCGAGGGCCCCAAUGUUGUGCUCUUUCUGUCCGACGGGCAGGUGAAGAUACCGGCCGUGCUUACCGCCUCCGCCUGGGCGCGGAUCCAGGAGGAGGAGGGUCGGGAGAACUUAAACAACUUCCUAAACGCCACGGUGCACCUUCAGGUCGACCGGCUGCAGUUUGACGUGACUCCCGAUAAGUUCACCUCCAGGUUCUACUUGGUGCUGAGCGGUCUGAGUACAGUAGAGGCCGGCCUGGUUAGACAGCACACGCCCUGCUACACCUCCCUGCCCUCCAUCAGAAUGAAGAUCGAUCAGACCUGGAGCGCCCGGCAGCGAGCUCAGGACUCCCAGAGGAGCCACGACGAACCCGACUUGUCCCAGCUGCUGUGGCAGGAAGAGUGGCUGCGGAGCAGCGUGAAUGAUGUCGUGGAGAGGAUGACCACACACACGACUCCACAACCUUCCGCUUCUGCUUACCACUCAUCUAUAACCGGACCUGCCACCAGCUGGGACCAGGACCGGGUCAGGUACCAGGCAGAGACUCCUUUCACUGUCCCAGUGAGGUUUCUUCUCAUCCCUCAGCAUUUAGAGACGGGGACAGAUGCUGGACUCAGGACGCACACAGGGACAGAGCUGGCAGCUCAUAAUGAUGCAACCGGGCAGAUUCCAGAACCGGCUGGUGUGGAAUCGGUCCGUGAUGCAGAAGAGAGCUCAGCUGUUCUGACAGAGGACGACUUCCCACAGGAGGAAGUAACUCGAAGGCCUACAUCCAACCCCUGGGACAUCUACCCUCCUCCGUGCAUCAGCUCUGAAUCUUCUCCAGAACCUACACCGACCCUCUCCGGUACCACAUCUGGACCUGAUUCUGCUACCAUGGUAACCAGCUCACCUUAUGUUCAGAUCUCCCUCCCUCCCUACCAAAAACAGCAGAACAGCAGCAUCCUGCCCACUAACUCAGCUGAGAAGCGUUUACCAGAACCUCCUGCCUCAGACACCACCCAGAACACCAGGACUCAUCAGAACCUUCAAGCUUUGGACAGAGACUAUCAGGACAGGGCUCAGGUCGACACCAGGAACCUGAAGAGGAAGCGACACGAUGUCCCACUACAGAGGGUGGAGGAGGAAGAGUUCAGCCACAGCCCGCCAUCUUGGCUCUUUGAGACCCAACCAGAACCCGCCAGAACCAAAGAGGGGAGUGGUCCAAAACAAAGAGCUGUGAGAACAACCUCCUCUGUUCACAUCGAUGGCAAAAGGUUCUCAUACACCUACAGUGUUACCGGACAGAACCUGCAGGACUUCAGUCGGUUCAGAGUGGCUGCGUCUGUUCUGCACUGGGCUGUGAAGUACCUUUUAACUCCGAAACCAGCAGAACCUCCUCCAAACAUCAGCUGAUGGUACCACAGCGACGUUUCCUUUGGUUCAGAGACUCUUAAGCUUCUCUAGGUCAAGUGUGGAUUUUUCAUUCUACUGUCAUCUGGGUCCAAUUCAAACAGAAGCUAAAGUGUUCCGCUGGUGCUGUUUUAUAAAACCCGAUGCUGAAGUCAGGAUUGAUGAGGCCGGGUUCGGAGGCUUCGCAGGUUGUCUGGGUUUUUGUUAAUGUUGAGAAAAAGACUCUAGAGCUUUCGUCUCUGUGUCACGCGGUUCUGUCGGGACGUCGUGUUUCUGUUUCAGAGUUCGGAUGUGAUGAAAACUGUUCAUCUUUGUGGAAAAAGAUGGAAAUGGUUCCACCCCAAUGCUUCUUUGGACUUUUGUUUAAAACAGUUUUAAAAUAUUAUUUAUUUUUUAAACGAUUUUAUUAUUUUGUUCUAUUUCAAACUAAUAAAUGAAGUAACUUGUUUUGUUUGAACAAUAUUU